AAACUCUGACCUUGUCAUGUUUGGAUUCUCAGCUGCUUACCUGAACACAUUCUUCCCGACCAUGGGCCGCAAAUAUCCUUUGGAAACGCCUCGUAGUGCCAUGCGUGGCCAGUGUAAUGGAUCUAGUGUCUUGGUACAACGCACACAUAAAUCACCUUCCUUAGAGUGCAGUGCAGAUUGGUUUAAACAAGAAAUCAAAUGUCAAAUGGAACGAGGUGGUUUAUUUGAGGAUCCAUUUAUGCCUGCUACCGACUCAACUAUCAAAUCUGGAUCGAGUAAACAAAAUUACAGAUGGCUAAGACCUGUUGAACUUAGCAGGUGCCCACGUUUUGUUGCAGAUGGAGUUAGUCGCUUCGAUAUUAAACAAGGUGAACUUGGAAACUGUUGGGUUAUAGCUGCCUUGGCCUCAUUAUCAAUGUAUCCAGAAUUAUUUAAUCAAGUUGUCCCACCUGAUCAAUCAUUUGAAAAAUCAUCAAAAUAUCCAUAUGUUGGAAUGUUUUGGUUUCGAUUCUGGCAAUUCGGUGAUUGGUACGAUGUUGUUGUGGAUGAUCGUUUACCAACUCGUAAUGGACAUUUAGUAUUUAUGCAUUCCGCAGAUCCUAAUGAAUUUUGGUCAGCUUUAUUAGAGAAAGCCUAUGCUAAACUUGUGUCGUCUUAUGAUGCGCUUCGUGGUGGGUGUACAGCAGAAGCAAUGGAAGAUUUCACUGGUGGUCUUACAGAACUUGUUGAUUUAGGUGCGAAAGCUCCUACUAAUAUAUUCGCCAUUAUGGAACAUGCAUUGAAUCGUGCCACUUUAAUGGCUUGUAGUAUUGAUGCUGAUCCACAUGAGAUUGAAGCGAAUGGUCCGUUAGGAUUAAUUCUUGGUCAUGCCUAUUCUGUAACCGAUAUACGACAGGUUCAUACUAAUUAUCAAUCUCAAAGUAUUCGUCUAAUCCGUCUACGUAAUCCAUGGGGUAACGAUCGUGAAUGGUCAGGUCCUUGGAGUGAUCAAUCUAGAGAAUGGAGAAAUAUUCCACCUGAUGAACGAAAACGAAUUGGUCUCACUUUUGAUGAAGAUGGUGAAUUUUGGAUGUCUUUCGAUGAUUUUGUACGUUAUUUCUCACGUCUUGAAUUAUGUCACCUUGGACCAGAAUCCAUAGCUUACAGUCCAGGUCCUGUCAACCGUCGUUGUAAUAAACGUCAAUGGGAAAUGAUAUGUGAAGAAGGUGAAUGGUUGCGUAAUUCAACUGCUGGAGGUUGUUCAAAUUUUCCCAAUACAUUUUACAUGAAUCCACAAUUUCAUGUUGAGGUUGUUGGUCCAGAUGAGUCAGAUACAGAUGGUAAUGGCACUCUUGUAGUUGGUUUGAUGCAGAAGGGAUUAAGAGAAAAACACAUUGAACCCCAUGUGAUUGGUUAUUCUGUAUUUCGGAUGCCUCCAUCUGCUCCAAACAAUCGACUGUUAGAUCGAAAGUUUUUUAUGACUAAUUCAUCUGUAGCUCGAUCACCGGUAUUUAUUAAUAUGCGUGAAGUUUGUGGUAGGCAUAAAUUAAAACCAGGCCAUUAUGUGAUUAUCCCGUGUACAUUUAAUCCAAAUGAAGAAGCUAAAUUUAUGCUGCGUAUAUUCUCUGAACGAGCAUGUGGUUCAAAUGAGUUAGACGACGAUACUCGGAUCACUUUUAUGGAUGGACCUGAUCACCCAAUUAGAACAGCUGAUGAUAAUUUAAUAGAGAAAUUGCAAGUUGUCUUCAAUAAAAUAGCUGGUCCAACUGGAGCAAUCACAUAUACUCAAUUACAAGAUAUAUUAAAUGAAGCAUUUACAAAAGAUUUUCCAUUCGAUGGAUUUAGUCGAGAAACUGCUAGAAGUAUGAUGGCCUUAAUGGAUGUAUCCUUUUAUUUUUAAUUUUGUCUAUGGAAAUUCAAUUUUAGACUAGCAGUUUUGCAAUAAACGUUGGAGAUUAGUAAUAAUAAAAUUUAUUAAAAGGUGGUUGUGCAAUAUUGCGAAAUGAUUGAAGUUAGACAAUAUAAACCAGUAGAUGUGCUCUCCAUAAAACUUAGAGUUUCUGGAUUCGGUCUCCGUUAAGGUUGUAGAUGUACACUACUGAAGAACCCCGCUAUCAGAAUGAAACAGCUACUCAGUGUAUUCAGGUUCUUAAUGAUUAUCAGUGUGUUAUGUAAACUAAGAAAAUCAGCAAUUUUCACAAUUAGAAAAUGACAUGAACUGGAAGAAUAACUGAAAGAAAGGCCUAGACGCAUUAUACAGCUAACCACUUCAUCGUUUUCUUUUAAACACAGCUUAGCAGUGUAUGGAAAUGCUAUCAUGGCGUGAGUCAAAUUCCGAAACACUUUAUUUUUAAUAUACUUUCUUCUUACACGUAGAUGAAUUCAAUUGCUUUAUUCUGUUAUUUACAAUAACAUAUCCAAAUAAAUUUGGUACCAAUGAUCUGAGUGUUCUUGCUCCCUUAGAUAUGAUCACAUUUUACUUGAAUUGAAUGAUAAGUUAAAUGUUGAUUCAAAAUACAACUCAAGGUACUAUCCAAAAUGUUAUGUCAAUUGUUAAAAUUAACGUCUACACUGUUAAACUGAUAAUUUAAUCCUUUUCACUCAUGCUCAUCUCAUUUAUCAUUCUUUUCAAAUAAUUUGAGACAUUUGGCAACCAGUUUCAUUUUUAAAAAGAAUGAAAACGUUUCAGCGUAAAAAUUUUCUUCUCGACAACAUUAUUGUCUAAAGCUGUACAAUUGUAUUCAUAAGUUAUAUACAUAUAUUGUAUAUAGUAACACCCUCUGUUAUAAAAUCAUUGAAGAUAGUCAAACUCAUUCAAGUAUCGGGUGUGAAAGUCAAUGAAAAUGAAGUGGUAUCGCAUAAUCUAAUCAUGAUUACCAAGAAAUUCCAAGUAUUGAAUAUACUAAUUUAUUGAAGGCAAAGUGGUAUUGAAAGUUCUUAAGUAUUGAAUAAACUGAGUGUUGCAUUAUUUAUCAAAGUUAUCAAGAACUAAUUUCAUAGUUUUGAAAGUAACAAGAAGUGAUAAUUUAUGCAAUAAAAGCAAACAAUAACUGUCUACCUUUAAAAAAAAAGAAUAUUGCGAGUAAAAUGAUAAUUAGCACUUACGAUUUGUAAAAUUCCGAGGCGUGCUGGAACCAUGGAAUAAUAAGGCAUCGAACAUGACUCUUUUCUUACACAGAGGUCGGAUUUAAAAUGGUGCAUUUCUAUAGCCUCAGCUGUACAACAAUUUUUUAUCCAAACCUUUUUUAUGCCAGUUUUUCUUACUUUGCAUAUCAUUUACAACAAUGAUUCUCCGGUUGGAAUGUGACCAGAGCUGAUCAUGUAUCCAAGGAUUGCUCUUGGUAAGCAAAUAUCUGAACGGUACUCUGUGUGGCUAUGUGAAGGAGAAUGCAAAUCGAUCAAUACUUCAAGCCAUGAACACAUAGUCAACUCUGGCCACAUCCCACCACGAAAAUCGUAUUUUCUCCGUUUGUAGACUAUUGGAUACUGCUCCUUAUGCUUCACCAUUCCGACUUACAUUCCCCAUCUAACCUCUGAUAUUAUUGCUUUAAAUUCCUGUUACCCAACACCAUUCCUACUCUAUUUAUUUGUAACUACUUCUAGUGUGCGAUUUGUGGAGAAUGACAGCUGUAGAGUUUGAUUCUACACUUCAUUAAUUAAAGCAAUCCAGUUUAUAUUACUUCUACAAUUUUGGCAUUUGAUUUUGUUAAUCUCGUUGUGCUAAUAUGAUGUAACAUUUUGAAUCGAUGCAUAUGUGCCAAGUUCUACAUCGCUCAGGACUGUAAUCCAGCUAGAUAGAUUGGAUUUAAUUUUUAUUGGAUUAUCAUUGGCUUUGUAGUAGUUAUAAAAUGAACGUACAUUUUAAUCCCUAGUUAUAUGACUAAUCAAAUUGUUUAUAUUAUCCUUGACCAUGUUCCAUAAUAACAUGUAAUGAUACAUAGGCUGAUUUAAGCGGUGGUUUGGGCUUUGAUGAAUUCAAAAAGCUAUGGAUGGAACUACGCAUUUGGAAGGUACUUUCAUCUUAUAAAUUGUUUUAAAAAUUUACCAUGCCUUAUAGUACGUUUCUAAAAGUAUAAUUUGAUAUAUUUUCGCCUGUGUCAACUACUCCAUUUUAACGUGAAUGACGACCACCGUCAAGAAUAUUGUUAGUGUUUUGGGAAUUUUGAAUUGAUUCAUUCGUGUAAUUCUAUUCUAACCUAGUUAAUUAUAGAGAAUGAUCAUAUUUUUAUUCCUAUAAUAACUGUAUGAUCUAGAACAAAACGAAUAGAGUGAAGAUUUAUUUAUUUCAACGCAUAAAUAUUGGUACAAGAGGGCACCAAAUAUAUAUGGGCCACACCAUAUUUGUGUGUGUAGGCUGUGAUACUACCCGGGUGCCCAGACCGAAGCAGG